UCACUUAAGGUAAAUAUAUGUGGUCAGUUCCUUUCAUUAAUUAGGUUUUUAAGUUAUAAUGAUACAGUGUUGGUGAAUUGGAUAUCUUUAUGGUUUAUAUAACAUGCUAAAUGUUGUAAUACAGAAGUAAAAUGCAGUGACUGGCUUAACUUAGUGUGAUAAUCUUGAAAUAACUGACUAUGCAUAGUUUAUAACGAAUGAGAGAACAUUACAUGUUUUAAUCAUUCCCAAAUGAAGUGUCCGAAUCCGGAUUUUCAAGUGCCCGUUGCGGAAACAGACAUUAUGAGCUUUCUCUCUGCCAGUGGAGAGCCGAUUAAACAUUUGCUUAAUUGUUUGUGACAUAGUUAAAGGUUUAUUCUGCGAUGAGGAAACCUUUCAAGAGACAAUUUCACGACAAGAUUCCAUGAUAAAGAGCGUGCCGUGUAGAUGAUGAAGCUGCGAGAACGUGUUGUGGGGGCCGCGUUGCUAGCUGUGACGGGCCUCAUCACAUGUCUGCUGUGGGUGGGGAUCUCGUGCCCGACACAGGAAGCAUCGAGUCGGCGACCGUACCUUAACAUCCAGCGGACAGUGUUGCAGCAGGGGUCGCGGAACUCCGAGAGUGAGGUGGACCGGGAGCCGCAGAGUCCGAAAGUUCAAAACACCACUGCCAUGUAUGAUGAACUUGUCGAAUGGUUGAUCAGGAAGCUGCAGGCUGUGCCGGAAGCAGACUUUCGACGGGAAAGGCUGCGGCGGACGUCCAUGGCGGAUCUUGUUAGCUCCCUGGGAGGCUCUGGCAGACGCGCCUCGAAGCGACUUCCCGCAUGGAACGCCAAAAAUACUGGUGGACGCCCGAACUCCAACUAUUACCGGUUCCACCAGAAUGCGCGGGCGGCGGCACUCUACGAACCGGAUGACCCAGCCAUAGAUGGGCUUAUCAGGGACAUGGCAACUAAGCCCUUUCAGACUCUAGAGAUGAUGACCCGCGGCACAGAGUUAAAGUUGCUCGUAAAGUUUGAUGAUAGAUCACAAGCGGUCUUCAAACCCAUGAGAUGGGGUCGGGACCACGAGACCCUUCCAAACCACUACUACUUCAACGACUACGAAAGACAUAACGCCGAGAUAGCCGCUUUCCAUCUCGACAGAGUGCUCGGGUUUUACCGUGUCCCCCCGGUCACUGGCCGGAUAGUUAACAUGACCAGUGAGAUAUUUCUGCUAGCAGAAAAAGCCCUCAGGAAAACCUUCUACGUCUCUCCUAUUGGUAACAUGUGUUUUUUCGGCGAAUGUACCUACUACUGUGACAGCCGGCAUUCGUUCUGUGGUGAGGUGGAUAUGCUGGAGGGAUCCUUGAUGGCCUGGCUGCCGGAACCGCCCGCAGGGGAAAGGGACCGCUGGCGGAGCCCAUAUAGAAGGUCGUAUAGCAAGUUCCGGAAGGCGGACUGGGAAGAGGAUGAUGGCUACUGCCGCCAAAAGUUGAUGCAGCCGGACGGAACCUACCUCUACCCACGCUUCAUUCCAGAUCUCGUAGACACCCAUAUAUUCGACUUUAUGACAGGCAACAUGGACAGACACCAUGUAGAAGUGUUCCAACAUUUACGAAAUGACAGCGCACCACUUUUAAUGGACAAUGGCAGAGGGUUCGGCAAGUCUGCUGUAGACGAGAUGUCAAUCCUUGCCCCUCUCCAGCAGUGCUGCAAGAUCCGCCUGUCAACUCUCCACAAGCUCGCCAAGCUCUAUAUCGGCCCUGAGCGUCUCAGUGAACUCCUGGACAAAUCCCUCAGGUCCGACCCGGUAUAUCCGGUCUUGGCGACCAAAUAUAUGCCCGCCUUAGACCGGCGUUUGCUGAUAAUUCUUAGAGCGGUCGCCACAUGCGUUAAAGAAUAUUCGGUUAAUGACGUCAUUGUGCCGGACAAGUUUUAAAAAAUCAGAUAUUGUUAUACAUUCAAACAGCUAUGUUAUGGUGCCAUACCACAAAAUUCAUUAUCCAUAAGUGUUUAUGACGUCAUUGUUCGAAGCCAAAUUCCAACAUUCAACGGACUUAAUGUGACGUCACCGUGCACGUGCGGGACCAAUUUAAUAUGACUUCUUAUUAAUUACGCUAUUUAUCCUUUUGUUUUAAUUGUGCUGUGCAGGUUUAUUUGAGAUUUCAGCAAGUUAUGAGUGAUUCUAUGAGACUACAGCAAAGUUAAAGUACUAUCACACACAUUCUUCCUCAAAUUAACAGCUCUACUACAUGGUCUUCCACGAAGAACAUUAUCUUCCUACGCGUACAACAUCUCCCUGAAGAACAUCAUCUCCUUAAUGUACACUACUUUUCUUAAAGAACACCAUCUUCCUUAAAGAACACCAUCUCCUUUAAAGAACACCAUCUUCCUUGAAGAAAACCAUCUUCCAUUAAGUUCAAGACCUUCCUUGAAGUUCAAGAUCUUCCUUGAAGUUCAAGAUCUUCCUUGAAGUUCAAGAUCUUCCGUGAAGUUUAAGACCUUCCUUAAAGGCCUAGUUUAACCCUUCUAUAAGUGACCCCCCCCCCCCCCCCCCAAAAAAAAAAACAAAAAAACAACACCCCAAAAGCAACAACGUAUAAUUGUACAUAGCCUCUGUUAAUUGAGCUUAAUCUUAUUGCCUAAUUGGCUUAUCAGAUCUCCAAUCUGAGUAUCCUGCUGUGCAGUUUUCGAUGUUUUAAUAUUAAAAUGGACCCUAAAUGGCCCUGAGCCAAUAAGCGAAUACACAGGAAAUUGGCCCCUACUGUGACACCAGUGCAAUGAGCAGGAGAUGCACAGCAGGGGAUUAUCAUGCCAAACAUUCCUUAAACUAGGCGUUUAAUGUACACGGGAAACAACCUCGGAUGUAUGGCGGUACAUCAGUAGAAGUUUUUCGUAAAAAAUAAAUUGUAGUAGUAAAUAUUUGUAGUGUUUUAGCGUGUAUUGUGUAUUACUAAGUUUUAAUUGAUUGCGAUUGAAGUGUUUUAUUUUAUAAAUAAUUGAAAUUUCAUAGAGUAAAGUCAUUAAAAUAAACUGUUAAAUUGAAAUCUACUUGCAGCGUAGUUAAAUAUCAAGAUUACUGACAUUGUAAACCGCCCCUGCACAUUUGAGGUUGUUUUCGAUUAAAAAUGGCCGAGAUGUUGCGAAUGAAACGCUCUCCUUUAGCGCUCUUUCUUAAAAAAAACAUCUAAAUUCUUUCAAAAAUUACUUUCAUCAACAUUUGCAGGAAAAGUGUUAAUGGGAAUAGGGUUUUAAUCAUUUUGAUUUUGUCGCACUAACUCUGUAAACAAGUAGAUCUCAGAGAGAAGAAACUCCUAGUAAACAUGUGUUUGUGUUUGUGUUAUCACACAUAGAUAUUUAUUUCAUUCUUUCAUGGUGGCAUUGAUCUGUAUUUGUAUCAGCUGAGGGGUUUUCUACGGCCUGUGAUAUACAUGUUAUAUGCGUUAUCUUAUGAUCUGAACAGCGUUUGUGCUAUGUUUAUAUUUGGCGUAAAAAUUACAAUGUGAACGUUCGUGCUUUAUACAAUUGUUGUAUGUAUAUAUGAAUGACGUGUAUCCGGUGCUCUUUUUUUCUAAUGCGAGUUACGUAUGCUGUUAAAACAGUGAUGCAGAUAUACAUUGGACCAAGCUGUCAUUAUUGCUUAUUGGAAGAUGUCAUUGCAAUGCAUGUAUUUUGUUCGAAAUUCUUUUAAGAUUAUGUUAAAGUUUUCCUUGAUUUUGAAAAACAAAUGCUCUUAAAUAACACAAAUGUAGUCUUAACACUGUUGAAUUUUAGAUUUUAUUAUAAUCCACUUCAAAUGUUCUUAUAUUUCAACCUCUUUUAACGGUCACAUUAAAGAUUGUAUUUUUGUUUAUUGAAUUAUCAUUUUAUGUGUUUUAUUUUGUUCAUGCUUCCAUUCAAAACAGAGGAUGCAGACAUUCCAUGCUUAUAAUGAAAUUGACAUGUCUUUUUUGUUCUUUUUAAAAAUGUUGAAGAUCUAAUUAUUUGCUUCAUGUUGAUGUGUACAUUGUCUGUGCUCUUUUUUUGACAUGAAAAAUACUGUAUGAAAUAAUAUGAAGUAAUAUGAGAUUAUGUCGGUG